AUGUCUAUCCAGUUAUUCACGUCACAAGAAGGUCAAACGGCAACUAUGUACACAUUCAUCCUUUACCUAUCUGAUGUUUUCAACGUACCAUUGGGCACUAUUGAACUCCAUUUCCAAGAAUUCACAAGAGUGGAAAACGAAAACAUUAUUGAGUUUUAUUGUCGUAAUCGUGGAACAGUGCCAGCUGUAAGAUCAUUGAGAUUGAUUGGAAAGCGAUCAAAUACGCCAGAAGAUGAUGAAGUCGUUGAUUCAAUUCUCUGCCGCCAACAAGCUCGAUACAAGCUCCAGCUCCUAUUUGAACCUACUCCUGAGUUCAAAUUAAAACCCAUUUAUUUGCAACACAAUCCAAUUCUUUUCGAAGCUCAUCACUCUCAUUGGAUUAGUUUUGAAGAGAUCCUCGAAUGUAAAUCAACUAAUAUUCGUCUAUCUAAUUCAAUUUUAAACAGUACUCAUUUUAAAUGGUUUAUUGAAAAUUGGAUCGAUGGAUGGAUACCACCAUGGAAAAUGAUAGUAACAGAUUAUUGUGAAGAUAUUGAUAUUGAUGAUUGUGUCAAUUCAUUGAUACUCAUAGAGAGAAAUUCGAAACUCCAAGUGCAUCGAGAAGAAAAAAUAUUUAAUGAUCAUCAUGGAGUCACCCGUGAUAUUUACUACUGUAUUUGUCGUCCUGAUGGAACAGUUGGUGAAUUUCUAGUCGAAAAUAAUAACACUCUAAUGUUUUCGUUAAGUUGUGAAGCUGAACGCAAUUUACCAUCAUACCCAAAAUUUUCAUGGGAAGACGAUGACUAA